UGCCGAUACUUGUUUGCUUUUGACGCAUUUGGAUUAGUUGCAUUCAUCUAACACACUUCAAGAUAUGUGAUGGUUCACUUACAAGAGUUGUGCCGAGCAAUGCCCGAGAAAUAUAUAUUACCAUUGCAAUAUUAUAGCUGACAAUUUUAUCCUUACCGCUGGUUGUUCGCUAGGUUACUUGUAGCUCAACAAGCAAAUAAACAUGGAUGUGCAUUUCUAGUUGUGGAUUGGCAUGGAUUCCUUGGGUCUCUGCAUUCUGUUAUGCGGCUUCUCAGGUACAUCUUGUUACUUUGAAAUCCUCUAAAUGCCAUAAAGUUUGUGUGUUAAAGGGUAAAUUUCACCCUACCUGUACAAGCACAGUCCCAACCUCUCACAUUGGGAUGGUGGGACCCACAGUCCCAACCUCUCACAUUGGGAUGGUGGGACCCACAGUCCCAACCUCUCACACUUAAGUAGUGGGUCCCACCAUCUCAUUGUGAGAGGUUAGGACAGUGCCUGUACAGACAGGAUCGAAUUAACCGUGUUAAAGAUGCUUGAAUAGUUGCCAAAUCUCAUUAGGCCAUUCUCAUCGAGGUUAGUAUUUUCUAACUAGUUUGUUUACAAUUUUGAAAAUUUGAGGAGACAUUCAACUUGUCCACCAAACAUCUACCUAAUAGGCACUUGACUAAAGAGAAUGAGAAGCUGUUUUUAGCGUGACUUCCAUGUAGCUUCAAGUGCCCAUCAUUAAGCUUGCUUACACGAAAGAAAAAAGUAUAAGAUUAGGCUUUUUCUUUGACUUUUGUCCAUUGUUUCAGAUAAUGAUAAUUUUCAUGCCAAUUAUAGAUGCCAGUUCAAAAAAACACAAAGUCUAUCUUUCAGAUAUGAACAGCAGUUACUUAUUAGCAUUUAGUUCUCUUUGAUGGCUAAAAAUCUUUAAAGCUUCUUCUUCCUCUUCUUGAAAUGCCAUGUUUCAUACAUCUCAAAUCUAUUUUCCUUCUGCAUUUAGCAUAGCAUUCACUAGUGCCACAUGAUAUGCUUGUACUUAAUGAUAUUUGAAAUUGUUUUUUUUUUAAAGUACAAUCUUGACAUUUGUUUGUUAGAUUAUGCUAAUGAAUGGAAAACAGAAAUUAAUGAUGAUUUCUUUAAUUGAGUAACUCAACCAAACAUCUGUUUGGGUAUAUGUAUCCAUCUGUGCUUCAUUAGCAACAAAACCCUACUGAGUGCUAUAAUCCUGAAUCUGUCAUUAAAUUCAUUUGACUUAAAUGUACCAUUAAGAAAACUCAGAAUCACUCAAGCCAUCAUACAGUGUGACCAACUUGAUAAGGGUCUAGCCGGCUCGAUCGUGCCGACGACAUAGGUGACGAAGAACCGACCGAGUUGAUGCCCACACUCACACUCUGCAACCCUGCACACAAAGUGCAUGACACAAGCAAAAAAGGCUCACACAAAUCUCCUCCCAAACUUAACCAUUUCCCUGCAAAUGCUUCAAAACUCCCACCACCUUACUACCACCAUUCAUUCAGUGCUGCGACAGCAACUGAUACUAGUUAUUAAUCCUUCACUCUCUCACAAAUCUUUGCUAUUUAAUUCAUCGCCAGACAAUUGCUUCAGCUCUUUGGAAUCAAGAAACAUGGUAUAAAUUGAUCCACAACUCCUCCUGUGUUUGCUCAACUCACUGAAAUUAAUGUUCCUGAUGGUUGGGUUGAUGAAGGCAGUGAGCGAGAGGCUGCAGCAGCAGCAGCAGCAACAGCUGCCGGCGGCCGAGAAGAAGCCCCGGUUCCGACCACCUUUGCCUGUGAAGACCGUCGUCCUCCUCGCCGCGGCCUGCUUCUUCCUGGGCCUGCUCCUUAGCAGCGUAAUCAGCAGCCUGGUGGCUUCCGAAAACAGAGCGGGAAUUGCCUGCGACUCCAAAGAUUGCGACCGGAAACGUAGAUUGGAGGAGGCGAAGACCGGAGACGUGAUGGAUCAAGUGUCGAGAACUCAUCAAGUCAUCCAAGCACUGGACAAAUCGGUAUCGAAAUUGGAGAUGGAACUGGCAGUUGGAAGGAUGAGACUGAACGGAGGAAGAGGAGGAGGAGGAGGAGGAGGCGGCGGCAGUUACAAUAAGCAGCUGAAAAAGGCGUUCGUGGUCGUCGGAAUCAACACAGCUUUCAGCAGCCAGAAAAGGCGGGAAGCCGUUAGGGCUACGUGGAUGCCCACAGGAGCGAAGCUGAAGAGGCUGGAGGAGGAGAAGGGGGUGGUGGUGCGAUUCGUGAUCGGGCACAGCGCGACGUCGGGGGGAGCCGUCGACCGCGCCAUCGACGAGGAAGACGCGGAGACGAAGGACUUCCUCCGGCUCGAUCACUUAGAAGGAUACCACAAGCUCUCCGCCAAGACCAGAGCCUUCUUCUCGACCGCCGUCGCCAUUUGGGACGCCGAUUUCUUCGUCAAGGUCGACGACGACGUGCAUCUCAAUUUAGGGAUGCUCGUCGCCACGCUUGCCCAAUAUAGAAACAAACCCAGAGUGUACAUCGGCUGCAUGAAAUCCGGUCCGGUUUUAUACCAAAAGGAUGUUAAAUACCAUGAGCCGGAAUUUUGGAAAUUUGGAGAAGAAGGGAACAAAUAUUUCAGACACGCCACUGGCCAAAUCUAUGCCAUCUCCAAAGACCUUGCGUCAUAUAUCUCCAUUAAUGCGCCGAUACUUCAUAAAUAUGCAAACGAAGAUGUCUCGUUGGGUUCGUGGCUGAUCGGAUUGGAAGUCAAACACAUUGACGAGCGGAGAAUGUGUUGCGGAACACCUCCCGGUAAAGUUACCCGCAAUCGAGUUGGAAGUUUUCGAAAAACACCCCCUGAAAAUUUUGAUUUGAUGGGUUUGAUGGUAGAUUGCGAGUGGAAGGCGGAGUCCGGUAAUUUUUGCAUCGCCUCGUUUGACUGGCCGUGCAGCGGAGUGUGCAAGCCGGUGGAGAGGAUGAAGGAGGUGCACGGCACGUGCGGAGAGGCAGCUGAGGCGAUUUGGAACGUGGCGCUCUGAAUUAUUAAAUCACUUUUAAGAGACUAAUUAAUUAGUUAAGUUAAUUAAUUUGUACCUCGAAUUAAAAAUAAUAAGAAGAGACAGAUGUUUCGUGGGAAAUGAUUUCAUAU